AUGGAAAACGAGCAUGAGUCUUCGACAGAAAUUUCAACAGAUAGCUCAAGUAAUACCGACAGCAUUCAAAAUGUUGACAAUCAAUGCAUAGAAUUAUCCAAUGAGGAGCAAAGGAUAAAGGAUCAAGCGGACGUCGAUUUAACAUUGGAUCUAGGAAGCAUGUUGCCAAAUUAUGAUCGUGUUUCUGAGAAUGAGAAUGAUGAUUCAUUAGAAAAGCUCUCAGCUGUUCUUGAACAGCCAGAAGACUCGGUGAUUUUAGAGGGCGCGCAGUCAGUAGAAGAUGGCCAAGACGAUAAAGAUUUAAAGUACACACUAUGUUAA